ACAUAAAAUAAUUUCACUUCUUCCUUGAGAAUAUGACCCAGAGAAUGGAAACGUCCUUCGAAAUCCUCAUCACGCCGAUAUAAAGAAGCGAGCAUCCGUUCCAUUCGUCCGAUCAUUCUCCUUCCAGUUUACCUAAAGUUAUCGGCGCCAUGUUAUUUUAUGUUAAAAUAAUGCUUUUUUCUGUAUUAUUCGGAGCAGAAGCUGGAAAAAAUAGGAACAUAUCAAAAUCGGAUAGAACCGCGCCUUUGGCUUGGUUUCAAGUAGAACCGUGGUAUCUUCAACCGCCGCUUCCUAUUCUUACUCAACAAUCGGCAUUUUCGUCGCCAGAUCCUACUCCCGUUCCUUCCCUAGAAUUUUCAGGAACAUCUCACCAAGGACCGAUUGCCGAAAAUAUUCAUUGUAAUAGUGGACACGGAAACAACGUAUUUACUGCCAUUUUAAAAGCACCGGAAGGAUUCAAUUCGGUUCCGGUUUUUAGAGACGCUCCUGGUCAGAACUCCGAAUGCGUCGUGAGAAAAUCCACUCAAGACGGCAAAAUAUUUUUGAUGAAAAUUGAUAAUUUUAAUCGUUGCGGCGUCAACGUAUAUUCUAACGACGGAAAAAAUUGGAUGACCGUAACCAUUCGUUUUCCGCACGUUCAAGGCUUAAUAUUAGCCCAGGAUGAAUACAUCAUGUUAAUUUGUCAGCAGCAAGACAGAAGAACUUCUAAAAAACAUUUUUUAGAUUUUCGAGGAAAUCUACCCAAAGUAAAGAAUCCGGUUUUUCGAAAUUUGCCCAAUGAAUUUCAAUACGAUAUUGGAUUAUUUACUAAAUCAUUAAUGAAUGAUCGGUUUGAAACGAGAAUCAUUCCUGGCAGACCCAUUCCUGUGGGGCAAGAAGUACAACUGAGAACGAUUGUAAACUCUGGGAAAGGAUGGAAAUACGCUGCUUUAACAGAUGUGGUAAUACAGCGAUUAAAGAGAUCUUCGAACGAUUAUUCCCCUUCUCCGAAUUCCGAAAUUCGUUCGUCUCCUCGAUUAUCUUCCAUAUUAACCGAGUAUGAAUUUAAUAAUAUGAAUAAACAACACGACUCUUUUCCGGAUGACGUAUAUUUGGUUUUUGAAAAUGGAUGUCGCAAUCCUAUAUACACGAGUAUAGCGGCUCAUCAUCCUUUCGUGGAUCCUACAUCUCCUUUGAUUGUUAAUUUUAAUUUUAAAGCAUUUAUGUUCGAAGGCGCUAGAGAAGAUUAUCUGAGAAUCUCCGCUACAAUCGUUGCUUGCGUGGAAUAUAUCGAUUGCCAAAAGAAUCUAUGCCCCGAAAACGAAGAUAGAAACUAUAGAGAAAAAAGAGACGUUUCUAAUUCCUCUCAAACAUUGACUGAUGCGAGCAAUAAAAAUAAAAUUACAAGAGAAUUAAAUAUGAAAGUAAUUAUGCCAGAUUACAUUAAAGUUUUAGAACAGAAUUUCUCGGAUGAUGCGGAAGUGAAAAAUUCGUAUUUUUUCCUUUUCACCAUCACUUGGUCGUUAUGUUUAUUGUUCUCUUUGACCAUCAUUUUUAUAAUAAUAAUAAAUAGAAAAAAAUGUAAAUUUAAUUUUUAAUAAUUUAUAAAAAUUUAUUUUAUAAUAUUAUAAGUAUUUUGUAUAAAUUU